CUGAUCCCUGGUAAAUAUCCACCCAAGCCAUCCAUUCCUACUGAAGAGGUAUCCCUAAGACUAUGGAAUUUGCAUUUGUUCUCUUCCGGGGCAUUCAGUAACGUGUAUCGCGGAUAUGCCGAGUCAGACACUAAUAUACCUAUGGAGGUCGUGGUCAAGAAAACAUGGUCCGGAUCUCGGGAGACGACAUCACUAACAUGUUACGAAAUUCAUAUCUUAAACCGUUUACUUUACAGCUACAAAACACAAUAUGCUGACAACACAUGCUAUUCACUGAUAUUCGAAUUUCUUCCACUAAACCUUUACCAAUACCUGAAAAAACACAAUCGUCAUAUAGCCAUCAUUGAGACGAAAAUGUUUGCAUGGCAGCUGUUCCGUGGGCAGUUCCAUUUGUUGAGGGCCGGCAUUUGCCAUCGUGAUAUUAAACCACAGAAUCUGCUUGUUAACGAGAACACCGGCUUACUGAAAAUCGGCGACUUUGGGUCGUCUGCACUCGAGCCAAGAAAAAGCCCUCAGCCCAGCUAUCAUGUGACGAGGUACUACCGGCCACCAGAGCUCCUACUCGGCUCGAAAGUCUAUGGUUGUGAAGUAGGUGAGUUACGGAAUGGUUUUGGAUUAGGCAGGCUCCUACUGCACCGACAGGACAAGCGACGGUUGAGCGGAUGGCAGCUUUACAUCGAAAAUUUUGGUUUACCGACUGACUAUGAAGUUUCCGCAAUGAAUGCCUCUAAGAGCAAAUGGAAAGAAGUUAAAUCAGUAAGUAUUCGUCAUGAUUUGCAAAGAUGA